UCCAGAUUUUGGCUAUUUGGAAUUAUUAACGAAAUUUUUAGAAUUUUAAUCAAAAUGUCUUCAUUUAUUCGUGUAUUUCAACGACUUCCAACUGUCUACACUUCUUUUGGGCGUGGAUAUGCUGCUCCAGCUGCAGCUGCCAGUCCAGCAGAACAUGGAGGACCUAAAGAGCUUAAACUUACGCUUGCGUCCCCGGUUAAGGCAAUCUAUUCAAACACUACAGUUAAACAAAUUGACGUCCCCGGGAUGGCGAGUAACAUGGGAAUUCUGCCUGUCCACGUCCCAACUAUUGCAAUGCUAAAGCCUGGCGUUUUGUCUGUUUAUGAGGAGGAUGGAAAAGUUUCCAAAUUUUUUGUUUCGUCAGGUUCUCUUUCUAUGAAUAUUGAUGGUUCUUGUCAAAUUCUUGUGGAAGAAUGCGCUUCUUUGGAUGAACUUGAUAGCAAUGUGGCAAAGCAAUUAAUAGACGAGGCAAAUAAAAAAUCGUUAGACUCAACAGCCACAGAUGUUCAAAAAGCGGAGGCUGGUAUUGAAAUUGAAGUAGCUAAUGAAGUUUUGAAGGCUGCUGGGGGAGGGGGAGCAGGACAUUAA